GAUGGGGACCGGGAAUGGGAUCGGGACCGGGAUCGGGACCGGGAAUGGGAUCGCCGGGCAGCCGCAGGGUUUGGGGGGAGCCGGGCCGGGCCCUGCGGGAUGGUGGCGGCCGUGGGGACGGGCGGGGGGCCUGGGACUCGUUCCGCUCGGUGUCCCUGCCCCGUCCUUCCCUCAUUCCGAUCCCUCAUCCCGGUCCCUCAUCCGCAUCCCUCAUCCUGUUCAUUCAUCCCGAUCCCUGAUCCCGACCCCUCAUCCCGAUCCCUGUUCCCGGUCCCUCUCUCCCGAUCCCUGAUCCCGUUGUUCCCGGUCCCGCCCUGGCACCGGCUCCGCUCCCUUGGGCUCCUCGGGAAGGAUCUUCCCUCCGGCAGGGCCGGGAAGGAGGGACAGCCCCGGGCUGUGUCCCUGAGGCGGAAUUCCAGCUUUUCCUUACUUCUUUUGGGAUUUUGCUGACGUUUGAUCAUAGCAGGGGUCCCAGAAUCCCGGGAUGCUUUGGGUGGGAAGGAGCUUAAAUCCCAUCCGCUUCCAACCCCAGCGCCUCCCCUGUCCCGGGCUGCUCCAGCCUGGCCUCGGGCACUCCCAGGGAUCCGGGAGCAGCCACGGCUUCCCUGGGAAUUCCCCCCGGCCCCUCUCCACCCUGCACGAGGUGAUUCCGUGCUUCCACCGCCUCGCUAUUCCUGUUUUCCCUUGUAUUCCUGCACGCCCGGGGAGCCUGGGAGCAGCCCCUCGCCCUGGUCAGGAGCAGAGCGGGGAUGGCUCCGGGAAGUUGGGAUGUUCCCGGUGCCUCCGAGGUCACCGGCUGAGGCUCCAGCGGCUCCUCCUGCUGCCCCCAUCCCAAAAUGGGCAGGAUCAGCAUCUCCUGCCCUCUCCCGGGCUGCUGGCGCUGCGGCCUCUGCCCCGCGGGCGCCCCGCGGCUCCUGAGCGCUCCCGGCCGGCGGCGGCUGCUGCUGCUGGGGGCCGGGGCUGCGGCCGGAGCGCUGCUGCUCUGCGGGCUCCUGCUGCUGCUGCUGCUGCGGGAACAGCCCCGGGAUGGGACAGAACGCAGAUUCCUGGCCAGGGUGACGGAUACAGAAGCCACGGACACUGGGAAUCCCAACCUGAACUACGGGAUUGUGGUGGACUGCGGCAGUAGUGGCUCCCGUGUGUUUGUGUACUGCUGGCCCCGGCACAAUGGCAACCCCAAGGACCUGCUGGACAUCCAGCAGAUGAGGGACAGCUCCAGGAAACCCGUGGUGAUGAAAAUCAAACCAGGAAUUUCGGAGUUUGCCAGCUCUCCCGCCGAGGUCAGCGAUUACAUCUCGCCCCUGCUGAGCUUCGCUGCCGCACACGUCCCACGCUCCAAGCACAAGGAGACUCCUCUCUACAUCCUGUGCACAGCAGGAAUGCGCAUCCUUCCCGAGAGCCAGCAGAAAGCCAUCCUGGAGGAUCUGCUCACAGACAUCCCCACACGCUUUGAUUUCCUCUUCUCCGACUCCCAUGCUGAGGUGAUAUCUGGGAAGCAGGAAGGAGUCUAUGCGUGGAUUGGGAUCAACUUUGUCCUUGGAAGAUUUGAGCACACGGACGAUGAGGCUGAGGCGGUGGUGGAGGUGCAGAUCCCGGGAAGCGAGCACCGCGAUCCCAUUUUCCGGAAGAGAACCGUGGGAAUCCUGGACAUGGGCGGGGUCUCCACGCAGAUCGCCUACGAGGUGCCCCCGAGUGAGGAGGUGGCCAAGGGUUUGCUGGCGGAAUUUAAUUUGGGAUGUGACGCCCACCAGACGGAGCACGUGUACCGCGUCUACGUGGCCACAUUCCUGGGAUUUGGUGGGAACGCGGCCCGCAGGAGAUACGAGGAGAGCCUCUUCUCCAGCAGCCUCCUGGGGAACAGCCCGCAGUUCCCGCUGCCAGAUCCAUGCCUGCCGCGGGACGCGCUGGAUGAGCUGCGGCUGCACGGGCGGACACUGCACCUGCGCGGCUCCGGGGACUUUGGGCGCUGCCGGGAGCUGCUGCAGCCGCUGCUGAACCGCAGCCGGGACAGCCGGGGUUCCCUGAACGGCGUCUUCCAGCCGCCCGUGCACUUCCAGAGCAGCGAGUUCUACGGAUUCUCCGAGUUCUACUACUGCACCGAGGACGUGCUGAGGAUGGGCGGCGACUACAGCGCCGCCAAGUUCGCCAGGGCUGCCCAGGACUACUGUGCCACCAGCUGGUCGGUGCUGCGGGAGCGCUUCCAGCGUGGGCUCUACGCGCCACACGCGGAUCUGCACCGCCUCAAGUUCCAGUGCUUUAAGUCUGCCUGGAUGUUCGAGGUUUUCCACCGGGGCUUUUCCUUCCCGGAGAGCUACGGGCGGCUGCGCACGGCGCUGCAGGUCUACGACAAGGAGGUGCAGUGGACGCUGGGGGCCAUCCUGUACCGCACCCGCUUCCUGCCCCUCAGGGACAUCCAGCAGGAAAAUUUCCGUGGGAUUCACUCACGCUGGAGGAGCUUUUCCUUCGUGUACAACCACUACCUGUUCCUGGCCUGCUUCCUGGUGGUGCUGCUCUCCAUCCUGCUCUACCUGCUCCGGCUGCGCCGCAUCCAUCGCCGCCGGCUCCACAGCGGCGCCUCCCCAGCCCUCUGGAUCCAAGAGGGGCUCCCUGCCCCGAAAAUCCCGGGAUAACAUUCCGGGAUGGACGAUUCAUCCACACACACACACACA